AUGCUCUCGUCAACCCGGUCGAUGGCCGAAGGGGAAUAUGAUUAUCUGAUCAAGCUCCUGGCACUGGGGGACUCAGGAGUGGGCAAGACAACCUUUCUCUACAGGUUCACCGACAACAAGUUCAACCGGAAGUUUACCACCACAGUCGGGAUUGACUUCAGGGAAAAGAGAGUGAACUACACGGGCAUGUGUGCUGACGGGACCACAGAGAGGAAUUUCCGAGUCCACCUGCAGCUCUGGGACACGGCCGGGCAAGAGAGGUUCCGGAGCCUGACCACGGCGUUCUUCAGAGAUGCCAUGGGCUUCCUGCUGAUGUUCGACUUGACCAAUCAGCAAAGCUUCCUCAACGUCAGGAACUGGAUGAGUCAGCUGCAGGCCAACGCAUACUGUGACAACCCAGAUAUAGUGCUGGUGGGCACUAAGGCAGACCUCCCGGAUCUGAGAGAUGUCCAUAUCAAACAAGCCAGAGAUCUAGCAGACAGAUAUGGCAUCCCCUAUUUUGAGACCAGCGCUGCCACCGGCGUCGAUGUGGAGAAGGCGGUCAACACUCUGUUGGAGCUGGUGAUGAAGAGAAUGGAGCAGAGCACCGAGGGGGAGGUUGUCGCCGAGCCCAACGGCAGCCCCGUCGCCAGCGAUGAGGUGGUCGAGAUUCCUGCCAGGAGGACGUGUGCCUGCUGA